UAUUCGCACAAGGAUAAAUAACACCAUUCGGCGUUUUUGAGUUGUUUCCAAUCUUGUCUCAGGAUGGCACACAAUGGAUAUUCCGCGUCUGGCCUGCUUUACAGCUUUGUGUUUUUUCUUCAGCUGCCUCACUUAGGCAACGGAGACGUGAGUUUUUCUAUUCCCGAGGAAAUGAAACCCGGAUCUGUCAUCGGAAAUAUAGCAAAGGACCUUGGGUUAAACGUGGGGAAAUUAUCUGCUCGAAAGGCCCGCAUUGACAACGAUCUGAACCGAGAACGGUACUGUGACAUUAAUCUUAACACUGGAGAUUUAAUUGUAGCUGAAAGAAUCGACAGAGAGGCGCUGUGCGGCGAAAAGGCAUCGUGUGUCCUUAAAUUUGAAUUAGUCUUAGAGGCACCUCUGGAGUUGCACCGCAUUUCACUACAGAUACAGGAUAUCAACGAUAAUCCGCCUGUCUUUACUAAAGAUGAAAUCAAAAUAGAAAUCAAUGAAUUGGCUGUGAAAGGAUCUCGCUUCCGCGUUUUGGAGGCACAUGAUAUAGAUAUUGGACAAAACGCUUUACAAAGCUAUGCAUUACAGGCAAACAGUUAUUUAGUGUUGAAAAUUCAGUCGGAAUUAGAUGGAGGUAAAUUCGCAGAGCUUGUGUUGAAUAAGGAACUAGACCGCGAGGAACAGCAGGAGUUGAGAUUACUGCUCACAGCACUAGAUGGAGGCAGUCCUCAAAGAACUGGCACUGCAACUGUGCAUGUGACUGUCUUGGAUGCUAAUGAUAACGCCCCAGUUUUUAGCCAAACGGUGUAUAAAGCCAGUCUGCCCGAAAACUCUCCUCUAGACACUGCAGUGGUCACAGUGGCUGCAACUGAUGCAGAUGAAGGUCUAAAUGGCGAGGUUACUUAUGAAUUGAGUCGUGUUUCUGAAACAAGUAGAAGAGCAUUUGCCUUAAAUCACAACACUGGCGAAAUUAAAGUAAUAGGGCAUUUGGAUUUCGAAAAACAGGCAAUAUAUGAAAUGCGCGUAGCUGCAAAAGAUGGAUAUGGCCUAACCUCAGAUUCCAAAGUGAUAAUUGAAAUCUCCGAUGUUAAUGACAACCCCCCUGAAAUCAAUUUAAAAUCUCUUUAUAACCCCAUACCUGAGAAUGUGUCACCUGGUACAGAGGUGGGCAUCAUUAACGUGCAGGAUAGAGACUCUGAGAAUAACAGACAGGUCCGCUGCUCCAUUCAGCAAAAUGUCCCUUUUAAGUUGGUUCCUUCUAUUAAAAACUAUUAUUCUCUGGUGACCACAGGACAACUGGACCGUGAAGUAGUGUCUGAUUACAACAUUACAAUCACUGCCACUGACGAG